AUGGAUGACGACGUUGCUAUAGUGGGCAUUGGCCUACGCUUCCCUGGAGAGGCAAACUCCCCCGUGAAGCUGUGGAAGGUCCUCGAGACAGGGCAGUCGCAAUGGUCUGAGAUACCCGAGGAUCGUAUCAAUAUUGAUGGCUACUACCACCCAGGAGGGGAUCGUCAAGGGAGUUUCUUCGCCAUGACCGCCGACGAGGCCAGGGCCGUAGACCCCCAGCAGCGUAUCCUCCUCGAGGCCACAUACGAGGCCCUAGAGAAUGGUGUGUGGAGCUCCAAACGACGUGGUGGCAAGAUUGAUGGACUAAUUUUGAGAGAUGCAGCCGGGAUUCGAAAGGAGCAGGUCGAUGACAAUGACACGGCUGUCUAUGUAGGAUCGCUUUCAUCCAAACUAAUCAUACACUCCUUCCUGCUAGACUAUGAACAAAUCUGCCUUCGGGAUCCGGACUGGCAACCACAGUAUGCGGCCACCGGCAACGGAAUUGCCAUUAUGGCAAACCGGAUAUCCUAUGCAUUCAACUUUCAUGGUCCCAGUGUGACUCUCGAUACUGGAUGCAGCGCCAGCCUCGUUGCUGUUCACCUCGCAGCACAGAACUUGCGUAAUGGCGAAGUUUCUAUGGCGAUUGCUGCAGGAGCAGGGAUGAUCUUAACCCCAAACACAAUCAUGCCUAUGACAGCUUUGAACUUCCUCAGUCCUGAUGGGAAGUGCUUCACCUUUGACUCCCGCGCCAACGGCUACGGAAGAGGCGAGGGUAUCGGUGUCGUAGUCAUGAAGAGGCUCUCCGAUGCUCUUCGGGACAACGACCCGAUCCGAGCUGUUAUCCGGGGCAGCAGAUUGAACCAGGAUGGACGCACAACCGGAAUCACCCUUCCGAGCAAGGAGGCCCAAGUCUCAAACAUCAGUGCCUUGUACAAAUCAAUGGGCUUCGACUUCGAUCAGACGGGUUACGUCGAGUGUCAUGGGACAGGUACCCAGGCUGGAGACUGGAGGGAGCUCAAAGCCAUCUCCGAGACGAUCGCCUCUACUCGCCAUGUAGACAAUCCUGUUGUUGUUGGUUCCGUAAAACCAAACAUCGGUCACCUCGAGGGCGCCGCUGGUGUAGCAGGCCUGAUCAAGGCAGUUCUCGCCCUGGAGCACGGCAAGAUACCGCCAAACAUUAAUUUCAAGACGCCCAACCCUAACAUAGAUUUUGAGGGUUGGAAGGUCAAGGUGCCAACGUCUCUCAUGGACUGGCCCGUACCAGGAAUUCGCCGUGCCAGCGUCAAUUGUUUCGGUUUCGGCGGCACCAACGCCCAUGUCAUCAUCGACGAGGCAUCGGGUCAUCUAGCCAGCCAUGGUUUGGUUUCCAAACUCGAACCUCUGUCGGUCGAUGGACUGACAUCCAAUGGCCAUUCCGAGCCAACGCCGCAUCUCUUUUGUUUCUCUUCCAAUGAACGGCUGGGUGUCCAGAGGGUCAUCAACUCCCAGAUCCCGUACGUCGAGUCUGCUCUUGACAACACUGAACCUCAUUUCAUGGACAACUAUGCCUACACUCUCGGGUGCCGGCGCUCAAUACUCGAGUGGAAGACGGCCAUUGUUGCAAGCUCUGAGGAGCAGCUCAUUUACAAGAUGAAGUCUGUCGACCCGGACAGCUUCAGAAGGUUCCCUGUCGAGAGAAAGCCGGGGCUUUGCUUCAUCUUUUGCGGCCAAGGCGCUCAGUGGGCUCGCAUGGGCUGCGAUCUCCUGGACUACGAAGUCUUCAGGAACAGUCUCCAGGAGGCGAGCGACUACAUGAAGGCCAGUCUAGAUAGCCAGUUUACUCUCAUGGACGAGAUGAUGAAGCACGCAGACGAGUCGCGCAUCUCAAGCCCGGAGAUCUCCCAGCCAGCAACAACCGCCUUGCAAAUUGCUUUGGUGGACCUAAUGCACUCGAUGGGCGUGCAUGCAGCACAGUUAAUUGGCCAUUCGUCCGGUGAGAUCGCAGCCGCCUUUGCAUCUGGUACGCUCAGUCGCGAGGAUGCCUGGCGCAUUGCUUACCAUCGUGGUGUCGCUGCGGCCAGUAUUUCCGUCAAGGACCCCGAGCUCAAGGGCGGCAUGAUUGCUGUCGAGAUGACCGAGGCGGAAGCUCAGGAGUAUCUUGCUCCGGCAAGCCUGUCGGCUCAGAUUGCCUGCAUCAACAGUCCGCGAUCCAUCACCAUUUCUGGGGAGGAGAGUGCCAUCGGCUACAUCUCUCAGGACCUUACCAGCAAGGGUGUCUUCAACCGAGUCUUGAAUGUCAAUGUGGCCUAUCAUUCUGACCACAUGAAGCUCGUCGGUCCCGACUACACCAACUCCCUGGGUCCAAUCAACACAUGCUCGACUGGAUCUGGAACCGUGCUCUCCUCGGUGACCGGAAGCGCUGUCACGGCGGAGGAGCUUGGCACCGAGUACUGGGAGAAGAACAUGUCCUCUCCUGUGCGGUACCUGUCUGCCGUCUGUCAGCUGUUGGCAUCCCCGAAGGAGAAGAUGCCGGAAAUCAUGCUCGAGCUCGGCCCAAGGGAUACUCUGAAAGCUCCAACCAACGACAUCCUGAAAGAAUCUAAGCUCGGAAAGAAGACUCCCAGGUACCUCUCUGUCCUCAAACCACGGGUUCCCGGCUCUGAAUCUCUUCUCAACGCGAUCGGUGAGCUUUGGGCAAGCGGCUACGAUGCCGACAUGGAAGCUGUCAUCCGACGCAAGAGUGGAAACGGUGAGGCCAAAACGCUCCGGUGUCUCACCGACCUGCCCCCUUACCCAUGGAACCAUGAUAGAUCCUACUGGCACGAGUCACACCUUGGAAAAGCAAACCGGUUCCGUCAAUACCCGCGCCAAGAUCUCAUUGGAGCCCCGACGGCCGACUCUAUUCCCUUUGAGCCUCGUUGGCGUGGCUUCCUUCGCGUGUCGGAGAACCCCUGGAUCCACGACCACCAAGUUCAAAAGACGAUUGUCUAUCCUGCCGCAGGUAUGGCGGCCAUGGUGAUCGAGGGCGCCAAGCAGAUGGCUUUCGAACUACAACCCUCCCUCCUCGGCUACGAGAUCAUGAACAUGCACAUCGAGAAGGCCAUGAUCAUCCCCCCCACGGAGCAUGGUCUUGAGACCGCUCUCAACAUCAAGAGAGACAUGGGGCGUCUGCAUGAGGCCAAGAUCUCUGGCUCUCACGAGUUCGCCGUCUACUCCAAGCAACUCGACGGCCUCUGGGAGAAGCAUGCCACUGGUCACUUGCGUUUCCGAUACAAGGACGGAAUGCUGGACCCUGUGCCUCAUCUCAUCGAGCACAAGUAUCAGGAGGCAAGUAAAUCAUGUGUCGAAGCUGUAAACCCUCGCCAACUUUAUGAGCUUCUUGACACAGUCGGAAUAAACUACGGCCCGCUCUUCCAGAACAUACGGGGCCUCCACCGAGGCGGAAGGUCUUGUGUCGCCGAUGUCUACAUCCCCGACACCAAGUCAAAGAUGCCCGCCAACUUUGAAUACCCGCAUCUGAUCCACCCUGCAACUCUCGACUCGAUGAUGCAGACACUCUUUGCCAUCGAACCAAUUCCCAUGGUGCCAACCUUCAUCGAGAGCCUCUUUGUAUCGAGUGACUUGGAUAAACACGACUCCUCGCACUUUUCAGGGUACUCCACCGCCGAGAGGUCCGGAAUUGACGGGGCCAAGGCCGAGGUGGUUAUGCGACUUGAAGGUGCAAAUGGCUCUCGCGUUACUAUCAACGGUCUCCACCUCACCAGAAUUGCAGAGGCUGGGCCUGAGAACAGCAGUUUCCUUCCGAACCAUCAUAGUCUCUGUAGCGAGAUUGUUUGGAAGGAGGACGUUGCUUUCGCUUCCCCAUCCAGCGUGUCCGAACACCUAGAACUACUCGCCCACAGAUAUCCGGGGCUUUCUGUUCUUCAGGUUGGCGGAACUUCGGCGACCGCACUGUCGAUCCUUCAGAAGCUCACUACUUUGGACAAGACUCCAAAGCUGUCCAGAUAUGCUAUUGCCGAGCUCUCCGGCGGAGAGUAUAGUGCCGUCCACAGACUCCUUGAGGGAACGACACUCCAGUCCUAUGUAGGGACAGUCCAGCUCGACAACAACUGCGAGCCAGCUACAGACUACCACUAUAUCCUCUGCUUUUCGAACUCCGGUAUCGAGACGGGCUCUCUCAAGAAGUACCUGAAGCCCGAUGGGUGGCUAGUCACAGACUGCAAUCUGGGCAGACAGGAUGAUGAUGGUAACCGCAUUUUCCUCAACGACAGCAACAAGCUUGUUAGCCCGGACGACUUUGGGGAGUUUACUGCAACUCGCUCCCCGAUCCCGGACAGUGCUCGGAAGCAGUCAGACGUGGUCGUUUUGUAUUCGCAGGGAUGGGAGGAGGAAGCACAGUCCUUCCUCAAUGAACUCCUCACAACUGCCGUCAGCGAGGGUAUCCUGGUUAACAUGACGAUCGUCCCCCUCCAAAGAGUCAUGAGCGGCGACACACAAAGCAUCUCGGGCAAAGUGAUCAUAUCCAUCCUCGACCUCACCCUGCAAUCUAAAAGUUACGGGUUCGUCUACGGGUGGAACGAAAUGGAGUUUGAAGCCUUCCACACCAUCCAGGGGAUGGCUAGUGGCUUGAUCUGGAUAACGCGGGGCGCGAACAUGGAGUCAUCCAACCCUCGCGCAUCGCCGAUUAUUGCUCUCUCGAGAACCCUCAUCGCGGAAGAUGCCCAGAAAACUAUUGUGACAUUUGACCUUGACAUAGAGACGAAUCUGUGUGCCGAACACGUCUCGCCCGCCGUCAUGGAAGUCUUCCAAAGGACCUUUAUGCAGGCUGAUGGCCCAGGGCCCAAGGAAACGGAGCUCUCGGAGAGGAACGGGAAAGUCUACAUUCCCCGGCUGACCAUGAUUGACGGACUGAAUCAGCUCAUUGAGACCGGAUGGACAUCAUCCGCCAUGGAAUAUUUGCCCUUUGUCACAGAGAAUCCUACAUCUACGGGAAAGGGGCUGCGUCUCAGAAUUUCUAGCCCAGGUCUGAUGAAAUGCUCAGUUCACUUUUCCGAGUUUGAGCUCGGAACUCUUGGACCCGAAGAGGUCUCCGUGGAGCUUCAACACGCUCCUCUGUCCUUCCGAGACCUGGAGGUCGCUCAGGGCCGCACGACCGAGUCCAGGGUGGGGAUGGAUGUAAUUGGUAAGAUUGAGAGGAUAGGAUCCGGAGUUUGGCACAUGGACAAGACACUAUUGCCGGGGACCCAGGUCGUCGCUAUGGUUCCCCAGGGCGGAAGCAUCCAGAGCAUUGUCCACGCCGAUGCGAGGUUUGUGUCCGCCAUUGCCCCGCUAGGGUUUGUUCCCAGCUACUAUGUCAGCGCCUACUAUGCUCUCGUCCACAUCGGUCGGGUUUCCGGUCAGCCCAGAAGGAGAAUGGUCCUCGUUCACGCGGGCGCCAGCUGUUUCGGUGUAGCCGCCAUCAGGUUGUGCCAGAUCUCCGGAGCCCAUGCUCUGGCAAGUGUUCUUGGGCCGGCAGUUGACGAGCAGAAGGCGUUCCUGCGCCUGUUGGGUCUGGCGGAUGAACAGAUCCUCGAUGGAAACUCCUCGGAGGCCAUGGGUAAAGCUAUCAAGCUUGCCACAGAUGGGAGGGGUGUAGAUGUCCUGUACAGCCCUACACAUGAGGGUCUUGGUCUGGCUACCGCGAGGGUUGUCCCGUCUUCUGGGACCUUUGUGGGCUUCGAUAUAGGUCAAAUGAUGGGGGAAGACGCCGAUUUUGUUGCUCACCUGUUCCGUAAGACGAUCAAGUUUGUCGAGAAUUACCAUCUCGAGCCCUACGCGCCAUACCCAGAGAAGGCCGUAACAACCGACUUCGACAUUGGCAGCGUGCAGAGUGCCUUUGAACACCUCCGGGCCAACCCGUUUUUCGGGCACGCAUGCCUCCGGGUUGGAUCAGCCUCAACUGUGCCGGUGCCCACGGCUGAGAACACUAAGUCACUCUCAGAGGCCGUGGACCCUUAUGGAACAUACGUCCUUGCUGGCGGCCUGGGUGGUCUUGGACGGAGCAUCGCGGAGCUCCUUGCCGACGCCGGGGCCCGUCACUUUGCCUUCAUAUCCCGAUCAGGCGCGACGUCGGGUGCGGCAAAGGAGUUUCUCGACGGACUUUCCCAGCGCAGAAUCAACGUACGCGUCAUUUGUGCCGACAUUCGUGACCUGGCUCUUCUAUCAAAGGCAGUCGUGGAGAACCUCUCGUCCUCCGCCAUGCCCCCCGUGCGCGGCGUCUUCCAGUGCGCAGCCGUCAUCAAGGACAGUAUCUUUGAAAACAUGAGUUACGAAGACUGGACGGCCGCCUUCCACCCCAAGGUCCUGGGUUCCGAAAACCUCGUCUCCUGCUUCACAGACAAGAUCGGGGGGCAGGACCACCAGCCAUUCUUCGUCUUCCUGUCCAGCUCUUCAGGUGUGGUCGGCACGCGAAGCCAGGCCAACUACGCGGCAGGUAACUGUUUUGAGGAUGCGCUGGCCCGCAAUCUUCGUGCUUCUGGCAUACAUGCUGUUUCCCUCAACCUGGGCCCUGUCUUGGGAACGGGGAUGCUGGCUGACGACGAGGCGGUGCUUGACAUGCUAAAGGCCGGUGGCUUCUACGGCAUUCGACACGAGGACUUCCUCAAGCUUGUCAAGCAUGCAGUUACGGGGGAGACGCUCUCUGGCGUACCCACGCCGCCGCAGGUGACUCUCGGUGUCGGCACAGGCGGCCUCUUGCUCCAGAACCAACCUACCGACCCGUACUGGUCGCGCACAGCUCUCUGGAGCCACCUCGACCUGGUUGACAGGCCACCCCCAUCUUCGGGGGAUGAGCAAGACGGAAGUUCCAACGGCAAGGUGGAAAUGAAGGCCAUGCUGGCUGCAUGCACAGACGUCGGCGCCGCCACGGACAGUAUCACCUCGGGCCUAAUGCACAUGCUCGCCAAGGCGAUGAACAUGCUCUUCGAGGAGAUGGACCCGCACAAGUCACCCACGGCGUACGGGGUGGACUCCCUAGUUGCUGUUGGCGUGCGCAACUGGGUGUUUACCAACUGCGGUGUCAACAUCUCCGUGUUUGAGGUGCUGAGUGACAGGACGGUUGAGGAGCUGGCCGAGAUGGUUGUUGAGAAAGGGGGGUUCGGUACGAUUGAUUGA